UGGUGAUGGCGGCGAGUCGGCACCACUUGUAAACAAAAAAAAGUAUGAGUUGCGCCAUGCACAUUUCACAGUGCCCUUCCACAUGUUGUUGUGUUUAUUCUACAUUUUCAUUGCUUGAUUCUCUUUCUUUCUGUUUUGUUUUGUCUGACUGAUAAGAGUGUCAGCGGGGUGUGGUUGUGGGGGUUAGGCAGCAUGGGUGUGGUAAAGCUUGUAAACUUCCACAGUGCCCUUCCACGUGUUAAUGUGUUUGUUCUACAGUUUCUUCACUUGUUUCUAUUUCCUUCUGUUUUGUUUUGACUGAGUGACUGGAGUACUGGCGUGUUGUGGUGGUGGCGAUGAGGCAGCACGGGCGGCAAAGAUUGUAAACAGACAAAUUAAGAGGUGUGCCAUGCGCAUUCCAUAGUUCCCUUACACAUGUUGCUCUGUUUAUACUACAUUUUCAUCGCUUAUUUCUGUUUUUGUGUCGUGUUUUGUUUGACUGACUGGAGUGUUGGCGUGGGUGUGGAAUUUGGUAGAUCCUUCACUCCUUGCCUCCACCUCGUGUGCUAUGGGUUCAAUUCAAGCACUUUGAGUUUGUGGGUUUAUACUUUCAGGUGCUUGCGUAGUAGGAGUUUCAUGUAGUGUGAAGACGCGUUGUAACCGUGCCUGAUGUGAAUCGUGUGUACUACAGUGUAAAUAUACCCACACUGUGUUGUUUACUUAGUAAUAUUCAAUCUGAAUUAAAUUACUUAUGCAUAAGGAAAUAACAAAAAAAUAUAACAAAUAUAUUUUUAAAUAUAUUGAGUUGGUUUUAUGCAAUACAAAUGUAUAUUCUUGAGGAAGGCACUCCCAGACGUGACGUCAUAACGCAGCAACCAAUCAACGAGCAGCGGAAGCGGCGGCGACAAGUGAAUUAUAUUAAAACAGCUUGUAAUCCACCAUCAGAGCUUUUUGGGUGUUUGCUGCUAUUGUAUAUUUCCCUCACACCAAUGUAGAUUUAUACAUGCUAUUUGAUAUUUUUUAUUAUUAACCCUCUUGUGCACGAUGAAGCGUUUCGCGUCAUCGAGGGUAAAAGGUCCUGGCGCACGAUGACGCAAAACGUGUCAUAAAAGUUAAAAAAAUUGAUUACAAAUUAAGUUUUUGGUGAAAGUGCGUCAAAUUUGGGAGCGUCAUUUGUUGGGAUAAGUUUCUUAAUGGCAACAUAUGGCAACCUUUUUAAGGAGCGUAGAUGAGGAGCGUCAAUCUGUAGAUUAUUUUUUAAAAAUACAGUUUUCUUGGUGUAACUCGGGAACUAAUAGGCAUAUUAUGAUUUUGAGGAUACCAUAAGAAUCCCCACUAAAUUUCGCUUCGAAACAUAUAUUCGGGUAAAAAAAGUUGGCCCACAAAAUUUCGAGCUAGUGAGUGGGGAAGAGUUGUUACUUAGGAUUUAUUGUCUACAAUACUCUAUACGGAGAUUUGAAACGAGUUUGUAUUGUUUAUUUUCCUCUAUUUUUUAUUUGUGCAUGUUCUAGUACAAGUCUUUAUGAAGCCAUUGAUACCAAAUUUAUUGGGGUACGAUAUAUCUGUGAGGGUAAAAUAUGUCCGGGAAUAUAGAGUAUCACGGCGGCAAAAAAAGGCCAGUCGGGCCUGAGAAAUGUAUGGUGAGUGGAACAGAAACUUAUUGGAAACUUACAGUGCACGAGAGGGUUAAACAGGAAAGAAAAAAAUUGAGGAAGAAGAGAACUUUCUCCCAGGCAUAGAGCAUUCACAUACAUUUUGUAGACAGGCUAUAGUUUACUGGUUGGCACAAUGACUGGCUGAAUGGAUGAUGGCUUAUUGACUGACUGACUGUGACGGAUUGGCUGACUAACAGACUGGCUGGCUGACGGCCUUGUUGAUAGACUGAGCAUUGAGUCAGUACCUUUCACCCUAAGAGGUCCUCAAGCCUUGUGAUGGUGAGAGUUGAGAAGUCAACACCAGAAGGAAGGACAACUUUGUACAAUCAACAUGUGUGAAAUUUUUCUAAGCACUGAAAGCAUAGAACAGAAAGACACUUGGACAGACACCCUCUGACGACACCAAGCGAGACAGGUAAGAGCACCUUCACAGGCUGGUGUUGUUUCUUCUGAUUCUUCAUAUCUUGGAUUUUGCUCGGUGUGUGAAAGUUUACUUCUUGGUGGAUGACAGUUUCUUAUCCUACAAGAGGUGUACUGGUAACCACCUGCCCACCACAGCUCACCUUCCUAAAGCACUUAGCAACUAGCCUGCAGGGGAGGGCUGACAGGUGGGCAAGCAGUGUGUCAGUGACCUGGGGCAGCAUCAGGGGCCAGGCUCACAGCCCCAGCCACAUCCCCCCCAGCCACGUGUUGUCCAUUUGACCGGUGUGGCCAGGGGGGUUGGUUCUACUGUCAAGAGUUGGCUGGCCCGCUGCACUUACCUGCUGUGUUUUCUCCAACAGAGGGAAGUGCUGCUGGUGGCUUUGUUUCUGUUUGCAAAGGAUGCAGACUCUUCCCAGAACCCAAGGCUUCCCACCAAGAUUUUGUUGACAUUCUGUCUGCCAUCUCUGACAUUAAUCCAAGUUUAUGUGGGAAUGAGGUGCAAGUCAUCUGUGGCACGACACAUCAUGAGUGAGACACAAGUGUCUCCUGUUAGUUGCUGUUUGCAGCCACACUGAGGGCUGCCACCUCAGCAUUAUUGCAGGCAGGGGCCAUGCUCAUCUUUGGUAUAAACUGCCACUGUCGUGGGUGCCUGUAAGCUGACGUGGGGCAAUAGGAGAGGUGUGUUUGGUGUUACGUGUUUGUGUGUUUGUACAUCCUUGACUACCCUGAGUUGGUGAGGGCAACAUUGUGUGGCUGGGUGUGGGUGCGGGGAGGCAGCCUUCACAUGCCUGUUGGCAGCAGCAAUGUGGAGCAGUCUGGGGAGGUGUGUGUGGGGAGUGUGGUCACAGCUGUGGGAGGAUGAGAAGGUGUAAGAAGGGGUGAAGGAGGAGAAGAAGUGGGGAUGUGUCCAAAAUUUUCCUGUGAGUGUAUGGGGGGUGAGGCUGAGGGCAUCACACACACCUCAGUGUUGUAUGGAGGUGCAGAGCUGCCGAAAGUGUGAUGUGAUGCUGCUUCCACACCAAACCCUUGGUAGGUAUGCCUUGCACCAAGAGGGAGUCAACCUUUAGCUUGUGAAUAAUAAGUUGCCUUUGAAAUGUACUUGUUUUGUCAGGCUACCUUUCUGCCUCACGAUUGCUGUCCCAGCAGGAGACAAGACUGCUGCACUGAAAGCAGCUGCCUUCACUGCUGCUGUUCUGCUACUACCUCCCGCAGCUCAGCACCUCAGAGGCUGCACGUUGGGCUCAGCUGCUGCGCCGCGCCCCAGCAGCAUGGAGUGUUUGGGGGGAGAGGGAUGGGGGUGCGUUGCCGUUCUUUAUAAGAUGUGCAGAUGAGAGAUGACCAGCAGGAUACAAGAGCUGCAGCAGCAUCCCAUACUGUGGAGAGUUCUUAGGACCACUCAGGGAGACAGGACAUGGCAGCUGUGGCAGCUGAAGAAUGUGAUGGUGCCACAGCACAACACCUUUGGCUGCACACAUGGCACUGCUGUUGUGCACCAAAGCCUACCCUUUAAAAGUAGAGAUCAGCUGAUAUUGACAGUGACUGGAAUUGGUACAACUUUCUAAUUGGUUUGUGGGCUGGUGACAUUCUGUGGCUGCUGCAGCAGCUGUGGCUGUGGGGGACAGUCUGUGGGCCUGUACGUGUAGGGUCUGAUGGGGACAGCAGAGGUAAGGGAGGGAGCCCUUUAAGAAUGGCUGCUGUUCAGAAGCAGACACAAAGUUCUGAGAGUUAGUUGAUGCUUUAUCCUCAUGCUCCUUGGUAAGUAUUUGCAGCAGGUAUCAGUAGUGCAUGAGGCAGAGACUGGGACGCGUGAGGGUGCGCCGGGCCUCACAACACAGCCAGGCCAAGGGAGGCACAGCUCUACCUGUUGGGGGCUGCCUGCACCUGUGGCAUGAUGUAAGCACUUGUAGCCUGUGUCCUGGCUCACUGGCUCACUUGUUGGGUGAGGGACCAGCUGGCUCCCAAGGCUGUGAGGGAAACCACAACUUAGAAAACACCAGCUGCUGUGGCCCCAAUGGACCCGCUGGUCAUGGAAGUGUGUGUGUGUGUGUGUGUGUGUGUGUGUGUGUGUGUGUGUGUAAGGAGUAUUGGUUAAGUUCACCCAGAGUUCCUUCCCCCAAGCUAAGGUGUCAGCCUGCAGUGGAGGGCUCACUGCAGUUGUGGCCAAGACAGCUGCAACGGCCUUCUACUCUGCGUGUGGUGGUGUGGCCUGCCACUGCUGCUACUGCCUGCUGCUGUUAUACCUGCUGCCACAUCUGCUCACUGCCUGCUGCAGUGUGUUGGUUGUUGCUGCUGAUCUUAACCUGCUGGACUCACGCUUUCCACAUUCUUCAGAGUGUCACAUGAGGCAGUGGUCUGGCUGGCCUGUCAUGCGAGGAAUCACUGCACUUCACCUCUUUUCAAUACUUCCUCAAGGAAAGUUGUUGCUGCUGCUGCUACUGUCAAAGGAGGCCGUCCCUACGGCACUGCUGUUGCCACACCCGCUGCUGCUACUACUGCUGCUGCCACUGGUGCUGCUAAUGCUCCUGCUGCUGGCCACUGGCUGUCUGGGGUGAUGAGUGUGCCUGCCGCCGGUGCUGUGGCUGGUGAUGCACCAGGCCAGGCUUGCUUGGUCCUCUCCCUGCCUCAUGUCCUAAGCUUCACCCCUCACCCAAGUGUCCUGUGAGCUUCCCUUCCCCCAACACCCCACACACUGCUCCCCCUAGACAGCCCCAGACACACACAGCUUGGCCGCUGCACUGGACGCCUCAUUACGUGCUGGCAUCCGUCCCAGACCCUCCACAUUGUGCACCUGUAGGUCAGUGUUUAGCUGCUGACUGCGUCCAGCGAGCCGGCAGCUGUAGAGUAGUGGUGGUGCUGCCAGGCCAUCCCCUGAGUGUUAGCGGACCAGCAGGAAAUGAGAGGACUCAUCCACAGCUCCCCUGCAACCCUCUCCCCUCCAUCCUCCCUACCCCUCCUCCCCCACAGCCUUCCCUCCUCUCCCUAAUCAGUGGUGGCGGGGCGGGGCUGUGACAUUUCAGGUUGCGGCUGCAGCGGCGGCAGGCCAGGCCAACAGGGAGGGCUGGUGUGCGUAUGUGGCAACAGGCCCAGGGUGGCAGGGCAGGGCGUGGCGGUGAUGGUGGCUAAGUGGUGCUCUCUGCUUGCAGCGCCAUGGCCACUAAGCAGGCGGCCAAGGCAGGCGGCAGCGGGGAGCAGAAGAAGGCUGCUGGCGGCCCCCAGCAGGAGGCCAAAGAGAAGGAGGCAGCCAAGGUAUCCAUUAAGGAGGGAAAGACCAGCCCCAAGCCGGGCAGCAAGGACCCCCCUAAAGACAGCAAGGACUCCAUCAAGAAGCCCGCUCGUGAUGACAAGAAGGAUGGGGGGCAGGGUGGUGGCAGCGGGCAGGAGCGUGGCCGCAGCGGCCGCCCCGACGACCAGCGGGGCCGAGACCGUGGCCGGCGCAACAGCAGGGACCGCCGCGACAAAGAGGAGCGGGAGGUCUGCCGGAACUUCCUCCACAACCGCUGCGACCGCGGCUCCCUCUGCAAGUACUACCACCCCAGGUCGUCCAGCCGGCCCCGCCCCGGCCUGGACGACUCCGAUCACCGCCGCGGCUCGCCCACACGCGGCCCCGGCAGCGGCAGCGGCCAGAUCGUCUGCAGGGACUUUAUCCGCAACAUGUGCACGCGGGGGACGGAGUGUCGCUUUUACCACCCGCCCUCAGACAGCAGCGGCAAAAAACGCCAAGGCAGCUGGCUCACCUUCUGCCACGACUUCCGCAACGGACACUGUUUGCGCAAUGACUGCAGGUUCUUCCACAUUACGAGGGACGAUGAGGAGUCAUACCGGGCCACGGGUGAGAUCCCGCUGCAUAUUGUGGACCAGGCAGUGCGGAAGGCCAUGGUGCUGGACGCGGCACUCACCGGCACGCGGCCCACUUGCAAGGAGUUCUUGCGAGGGCUCUGCAACAUGCAGAACUGUCGCUUCCGCCACCUGAACCAGCGGGAGUAUGAAGAUGAAGUGUUCCACGCCCUACAGGAGGAGUUUGAGAACCUCCUGGGCCCCCCUGACCGCCAGCCAUCCUCACCCCAGAGAGGCAACCCCUACCCUGCCCCUCCCAUGGGGGGCUUCCAUGACCCCCCGCACAAGUACGGCACCUCCCCGGCAGAGUUCAGGGAGGAUAUGAUACCCCCGGAGGAACUGCGUGGGCCGCUGCUGCCCCCACUCUCAGAGUACGAGUCGGACCCCAAACGGCCGAGGUACUUCUCUGGCGACGGCAUCUUCCCUCCGGAGGAAUACAGGGAUGGGGGGGAGCCCCCCAGGAAGUGGGAGGAGCGGAUGGACUAUGAGCCAGCGGAGCGUGGCGAGGCCAACCCCCGGGACGCCUACCGCCUCAUGCAGGAGGUCUACGCCCUCAGGAAUGAGAACACUGAGAUCCGCCGCAACGCAGAGCGGGAGAUCACAGAGCUGAAGGAGGAGGUACGGCGGGUGGCCGAGGAGAACGUCGGGCUGCGGCACGAGGCAGCCAAGGUGCGGGCCCAGGCCACGGAGGAAACCAUGGCGCAGAAGGCGGCGCUGGACAAGCUGACAAUGGCCAACAACACUCUGCUGGAGGACCUGCGCAAGGCCGAGGAGACGGCGCGGCACAUGGAGCUGGAGGGCCGGGAGAAGCUGAAGGCGCUGGACACCAAGCAGAAGACGGCCUCCGUGGAGCUGGACCGCAAGAUGGACAUGAUGCAGAAGGACGCCGCACAGAUGCGAGACGCCCUGGCCAAGGCCGCCAACGCCCAGAAGAAGGCCGAGGACGAGAAGGCCAAGCUGCUGGCUGAAUUGGACGAUCUGAGGGCGAAGAUGCGUGGCGGUGGCCCCCCCCAGCCGUCCUCCCUCAGGAAGGAUCACCACCACCAUCACCACCACUCCCAGCAGCAGCACAACAGCAGUGGCGGCUACGCCACCAAGGGCGCCUUCCCCAGGGACAUGAUGAAGGAGCGUGGCGGUGAUGUCAGUGGCGGCGGCUUCCCUGAGCUGCUGCACGGUGAGCGCCGCGGCCUGGACAGCCGUGACCAGGACAUGCGCAGCCUGGGCAUGCGUGGCUCAGACAGGUACUCCCCAGACGCCUGGAGCGCCGCCGACAAGAACGGCCGCACACAGUAUGGCAGCGGUGGCGGUGCCAGCCCCGGCUAUGGCAUGCGGGGCGGCACGUCCGACGGGGACCAUUCCCGAGGCUGGCAUGGGUCUGCCCCACCCCAGGACACCUGGUCUAAGGGCUCUGGGGGGUCCCUGAUGGGGGAGUACCAGGGGGAAGAGCGCGUCAGGGGGCCGACACAGAGCGCCUCGAUGAUGCGCGGGGCAGCCUACACCUCCCCUGGCACCAACAGCGGGGUCGGCCUGCUCAACCUGCCCAUGGAUGGCGGUGACUACGCCAAGCCUCCGCCCCGCACACCCCAGGCCGGCCAGGUGGGGCUGGAGGGCCAGUAUGCCGGCGGCCAGUCCAUGAUGCACUUUGAGGAGCGGGAUUACAGUCUGUCCGGCUACGACACUGACAGCCGGGCGGCCCAGUAUGGCGGUGGUGGUGGCGGCCAUCAGCAGCGGACCACGGGAAAUUGGCAGCAGGGGGGUGGUGAGGGGGGGCGGGGGAGAGGGGGCAUGGGGCAGGGGUGGAGGAGGGGCAAGCCUUUCUGAGGGGUGGGGUGUUUCAGGACAGGACUGAGGGGGGGGGGGGUUGUUAGGGGGUAGGGUCACUGUAGUCACUGCCAGGCACCUUGUCCUCAGAGUCUCACCCUUCCCCUGGCAGUGUUCCUUAGCAGGGAUUGGCUUUGUCUUGGCAGGGUAGCACUGGACAAGCCUUGGAGGUGAAGAGGCAGGGGACGGCUUUUUGAACCCCAGAGCCACAGCGGGGUGUCGGUAAGGGCGGUCAUUUGUAAACCCCAAGCCAAAACCCAAAAUGUCUCGCCUUGUCAACCAAAUCCGACGCCCUGUUUGGUCAUUCCUACACAAGAGGACAGGAGAGUGAGUGGGAGAGGACAGACAGACAAAGAGAAAGAAAAAGAAACAAGAAUAAUUGACAGGGACAGACACACAGCAAAAGGAGAGAAAUAACUAAGUGAGAGAGACAAAGACAAAGGGGAAGAUAGACAGAGAGAGACUUUAUACAAAUAGACAGGAAAUACAGAUGGAGAGAAAAAGAACAAUCUCAGACAGACACAGAAAAGGGAGACAGAGGGAAAGAAAGGCACAGACAAGACAUUAUAUAGAUGGACAGACACCCAGAGAAAGAAUAAGGCUCACAAAGAAAAAAAGAGACAGAUGGAGAAUAUGGAGACGAAGCAAAUGAGAGACAGACAAAGAAGAGAGGAAACAGAUAUGGACAGACACUAAACAGAUGGCCACAGAAGAUAGACAGACACAGAAAAGGGAGACAGAGGAAAAGAAUAAGGCACAUGAAGAAAAGAGACAGAUGGAGAAUAUGGAGAUGAAACAAAUGAGAGAUAGACAAAGAAGAGAGGAAACAGAUAUGGACAGACACUAAACAGAUGGCCACGGAAGAUAGACAGACACAGAAAAGGGAGACAGAGGAAAAGAAUAAGGCACACGAAGGAAAAACAGACAGAUGGAGAAUAUGGAAACGAAACAAAUGAGAGACAGACAAAGAAGAGAGGAAACAGAGAUAAGGACAGACACAGAAAGACCGACAGACAUGGAGGAAAUGGCUCUUAUUACUUAUCUUUGGUCCUGAGCUGCCUCCUACUGUCGAAAAAAAUUGAUUAUGGCGAUUAAUAAAAUAUAAUUCGAUGACAUUUGUAAAUAAGAGGUUGGAGUUGAUGCGUCAGUGCUGCCUCAGAGGAAGGGGGGGAAGGGGGCAGGGGAGGCUUAAGGGAAAGGGUUCAAGUUCUGUUUACCAUUAAGUUCUGAGGCCAUGGGUUAAGGGGGAAGGGGGGGAGGUGACCAUUUUGACCUUGUGUGAUGUUCUGGCUGUCAAGUUUUUUUUUUUUUUUUUUUUUUUUUCCAUAUUUAAGGUUUUGAUUUACGAUUCUUGGUCAGGGCAGGAUGUAAAGAGGGUAGGGUAUAGUGGUGACCUUCUUUGACCCUUUGUGACCUUAACCUGAUUAGCAUACGGAGGGUGUUUUAUUAAUGUGAAGGUAGAGGGAGUGUGAGGUGACCUUGCUUGACCCCUUGUGACCUUGCUCUGGGUAACAAAAGGAUUUUUUUUAUUAUGAAGGUGCAGGGAGUGAGGUGACCUUGUUUGACCUUAUGUGAUCUCACCCUGCCUGUUUAUUUUUAUUCUUUUUUUUACAAAACUAGGCAGGGUGUAAGGGAUGAGAGGUAACUUUGUUUGACCUUAUAUGACCUCACCCUACCUGUCAGAACUUUUUUUAAGGUAUAUGGCUGGGCAAGGUAUAGGGGUGAGUGACCUUAUGUGACCUCACACUGUCUUAUAAUGAACUUUCAUUAUUAAAAUAUAAAAAUAGACAGGCUGUAGGAGUUGAGAGGUGACCUGGUUUGACCUAAUGUGACCUUACCUGUUUUUUUUUUAAGGUAUAAAGCUAGGUAGGUUGUAGGGGCUGAGAGGUGACUUUGUUUGACCUAAUGUUACCUUACCCUGUCAACUUUUUAUCAUGAAGGCUAGGGAGAGUAAAAGGUGACCUAAUGUGACCUCACCAUGUCAACUUUUUAUCAUGAAGGUAUAAGGCUAGGGAGGGUGAGAGGUGACCCUGUUUGACCUUAGAUAACCCUUUCCUGGAUGCCAUACGAUUUUUAUUAUUACUGUUUAGGUUAUACGAGGCUUGAAUCGGGUUAGAUCAAAGUACAUGUAAUGACUCCUGAGGCUGAGAUGAGGUCUGGGAGGUAAAACUGAGGCUAAAUCAUUAUUGUCAUCAUUUUUACCAUUAUUAUUAUUAGGAGGGGUCCCGGUGGCAUUGUGGGUAGGAUAGUCGGUUCGCAGCCAAAAUAGUCGCGAAUUCCAUCCCUUCUCACCGCAGUUUUUUUUUUUUUAUUAUUAUUAUUAUUAUUAUUAUUAUUAUUAUUUUUGCUUUUUUUACAGAUAAAGAAACAGCUCAAGGGCAACAAAAAAAGGCGUAAAAAAAAAAAAAUGCCCACCAAUCGCUGUUCCCACAAAGACAAAAGUAAUGAGCGGCCAAAAGCGAGGUCAAUUUCGGGAGGAGAGGAGGUGUCUUGAUACACUCCUCAUUCUCUUGUAACUCUGGCCAAGGUGUGUGUUCUUGUCUACCCAGUGCAGGGGGGAGCUGUAUUGUAGGAGGAAAACUGGAAUGAGAGGAAAUAGGGAUGGAUGACGAGGUAGAAAAGACAGUGGGAGAAGUGGAUGAAGGGGUGAGGUUAGUAAAUAAGAGUGGAGGACUGUAUGAAAGAAAGAGAGAGGAGGGAAGGAGGAAAAUAAGUGUGAGCAGGAAGAGUUGGAUGAAAGGGUAGAAGAGAAAAGGUGGUUGGAGAAGUGGAUGAAGGGGGUGAGGUUAGUAAAUAAGAGUGGAGGCAGGAGGGAGGACUGUAUGAAAGAGAGGAGGGAAGGAGGAAAAUGAGUGUGAGGAGGAAGAGUCGGAUGAAAGGGUAGAAGAGAAAAGGUGGUUGGAGAAGUGGAUGAAGGGGGUGAGGUUAGUAAAUAAGAGUGGAGGAAAGGGGUGGGGGCUGUAUUAAGAGGAAAAUGAGCAGGUAGGGAUGGAUGAAGGGGUAGAAAAUGUGGUUGGAGAAGUGGAUGAAGGGGGUGAGGUUAGUAAAUAAGAGUGGAGGAAAGGUGGAGGGGCUGUAUUAAGAGGAAAAUAAGCAGGUAGGGAUGGAUGAAGGGGUAGAAAAUGUUGGAGAAGUGGAUGAAGGGAGUGAGGUUAGUAAAUAAGAGUGGAGGAGAGAGGUAUUGUUUGACCACCUAUUAUUUAUUAUCUAUUAUUAUUAUUAGGGUGGAAAUAUGUGACUUAUGAGCAGGGGAAGGGAAGUGGAAUGAUAAUCGAUCCUGUUGACCCUGUGUAACCUUGCUCUGGCAGUCACAAGAAGUAUGAUUAUUGUUAUUUUGUAUUUUUAUUUUUGUAUUUAUUUGUGGGUCCUGUGUGGGAGGUGGGCAGGCCUGUGAUAGGGAAAUAUAAGUGUAACAAAUAUUAGACUUUGUUGGAGGAUGUGUGUUAUUUUUAUUUUAUUUGAGAUGUCUUUCUCUUUUUAUUUUGUGUUGAAAGCUGGCCUGUGAUCAUUUUGUACCCAUUUCAAUCUGCAUUCUUUUCUUUUUGUAUCUGUUUGUAUGUACCACGUCCAAGUAAAGUACAUAAGGAAGUAA